ACCCAUAGUUGUGUGCCGCUCUCGCCGUUCAUGGUAAUCGUGUUGGUGGUGGUGUGUAUGUGCUUGUCGCCGAUUUGAUCCCUCAACGCUGCCAUGAGCGCCUGCUUGUGAUUUGAGCACGACAGAGCACCCCGGAAACGAAAAGUGGUUGCAUUCCUCUGCGUGGCAAGCAAGGAAAAAGCAGGCAGGGUGGUGAGGAGGGGGGCCAUGAGUAGCGCUGCCGAGUGAGCGGGACAGUGAACCCCCCUGAGGACCCUCUGUCCGCCCCCUUGGUGCAGUCGGGGGUCCCAGUGACCCCUGCGUGGCCUCUGCCGCCAUGAAGAUCGAGCGCAGCCGGCUCAAGAAGAGCUCCUCGGAGGUGCCCCUGGACUGCAAGCUCCUGGUGGAGCGGCUCAAGAGCUGCACCCAGGAGGAGCUGCUCCAGGAGCUCAAGGCCGUCAAAAGCUGGAAUUGGGGCAAAUGUGAGCUGUACCACUGGAUCGAUGUCCUGGACCUGUUUGACUCGCUGCUGGAGGCGGCGUGCCAGACCACACAGGAAGGCCAGUGGUGUCUGCCAUGCGACAGCCCCGGCCGAGAACAGGAGAAGGAACUGCUGUUGUACAUUCUCCAGUUUACAGCCCUCCUGAUCGAACACAGCUUCUCACGGCAUCUUUACAACUCCAUGGAGCACCUAACGGCACUGUUGUCGUCAAGCGACAUGCAAGUGGUGUUGGGUGUCCUCAACCUCCUCUACGUUUUCAGCAAACGUUCCAACUUCAUCACAAGGUUAAACCCAGACAGGCGGCAGGCCCUCCUGACACGGUUGACGUACCUGGCAGAGAACUGGGGAGGCAAGGAGAACGGUUUUGGCCUGGCCGAAUGCUGUAGGGACCUUCCAAUGAGUAAAUUUCCAGCCAGUGCCACGACGCUUCACUUUGAGUUUUACAUGGAGCCUACGGACGGCACGGGGGCCAAGAAGCAGCCCUCCACCACAGUCUCAGUCAUCCACAUGGAAAAUGUGGACAAGAUUACGAACAAGAACCCAUCGCAGAUCAUGGAGGAACUGCUUGAGACAUACGCUGUCCCGCCAGCCAAACAUAUGCUGCUGCUGACACAUGUUCGUUUAGCGCACAGUUUUUCCAGCUACGCCAAGCGGCUACAGUGUGUUCAGGCUCGGCUUCAAGCACUCUCCAUACUCGUGUACUGCAGUGCAAUCCAGGACAACAUCAACAGUCUCCUGUACAACGGCCUCAUUGAGGAGCUUGUGGAUGUCCUUGAAUUGAAGGAUCCCAAUCUCAUAGAAAUCAAGGCCGCUUCUCUACGAACACUGACCUCUAUCAUUCACCUAGACCGUAAUCCAAAGCUUGGCGCCAUUGUGGAUGCAACUGGUGCAGCAUCGUACCAUGGCUUUCUACCCGUGCUUGUCAGGAGCUGCAUCCAGUCGCUCACAGAACCUGGUGCUGAUCCAUUCCCCCUGCCGUUUGCCACGGCCCUCUUCUCGUUCUUGUACCACUUGGCCAGCUAUGAGAGUGGCGGGGAGGCAUUGGUAUCCUGUGGAAUGGUGGAAUCUCUCCUGAAAGUGAUUGGCUGGCACGGCACAGAGCCGGAACACAUCACGUUUGUGACUCGGGCAGUUCGUGUGAUAGACCUCAUCACAGGGCUGGACAUGCAGACCUUUCAGGCACAUGGUGGCCUCAACAGCUUCAUCCGCCGACUUGAGCUUGAAGUGGAGCACUGUAGGAAGGAGCAGCCAUUUGCCAUCCGGCCACGACACCGGGAGCCCUCUGUUGCCUCAACGGAUGAGAAUGCUGCCCAGGAUCCCACGCCAAUGGAAGUAGAUCAGUCGCCACGGAGUGAACCAGUAGCCUCCACGUCGGCUAGGGGCGACGCUGGUGUUGAUAGCAUCGAAGGCGGAGCACCAACAUCACUUGUUGCGUCCAGCGAUUUAGACGAGGAGCCGGAAAUUCGGAGAGGCCUUCAGUGCUUCCCUCAGAGGGCGGCCCUUCUCAAGUCUAUGCUCAACUUUCUCAAGAAGGCAAUCCAGGACCCGUCGUUUGCAGACAGCAUACGGCACUUGAUGGAUGGCUCCUUGCCACGUUCCUUGAAGCACAUCAUUAGCAACUCGGAGUACUACGGUCCAUCUUUGUUCCUAUUAGCCACCGACGUGGUCACAGUGUAUGUCUUCCAGGAACCAUCGCUCCUGUCUUCAUUGCAGGACAAUGGCCUCACAGAUGUUGUUCUCCAUGCCCUUCUAGUGAAAGAGGUGCCAGCGACGAGGGAAGUCCUGGCAUCUCUGCCCAACGUGUUCAGUGCACUGUGCCUCAAUGCCCGGGGUUUGCAAGCAUUUGUGGCCUGCCGGCCAUUCGAACGACUCUUCAAGGUUCUGCUGUCACCGGACUAUCUGGCUGCCAUGCGUCGACGCCGUUCAUCGGACCCGAUGGGCGACACGGCAUCCAACCUGGGAAAUGCCAUGGACGAACUCAUGAGGCAUCAGCCGAGUCUGCGGGUGGAUGCCACUGCAGCCAUUAUCAAGCUUUUAGAAGAGCUGUGCUCAGUGGGCCGCAACCCUGCCUUUGUGUGCUCCCGGCCGGCAGCAAAGAGCGAGGCGGGCGGAGUCUCUGGCAGUGGGGCCCAGGCCUCCAGCCAUGGGGGCGGGGCCUCCGGAGGCGGAGCCGGGGGUCGAGGCUCUGGAAUGGCCAACGACGCAGGCUCCUCCGACGAAGAGGAAGAAGAGGAGGACGUGGACCCGGCACCCACGGUCCCUUCAACGCCCAAAGCCAAUGACGAAGGCAAGGCGGCGUCGGGCACCGGGGGCACCACCGCUGAGGCGCGCACGCCCGUGCCCCUGGUGGACUACAUCCUGAAUGUAAUGCGGUUUGUGGAUGCCAUCCUGAGCAACAACUCGACUGACGACCACUGCCGCGAGUUUGUCCAGCAGAAGGGGCUCGUGCCCCUCAUGAGCAUCCUCGGCCUGCCCAACCUGCCCGUCGACUUCCCGGUCUCGCCAGCUUGUCAGGCGGUUGCGUCUGUCUGCAAGUCUAUCUUGAACCUGGCGCACGAGGCCCAAGUGCUGCAGCAGGGUCUCAGCCACCUAGGCGCUGUGCUGGCAAGCCUGGAGCCCCUGCACAAGCCCCUGGAUCCCCCGGGGGGUUCAGUGCUCCUCGAAGAGCUGCUGGGGGCCCUGGCUGCCACCCAAGGAGCAUCGGGCAGCGAAGGUGGCGAGGGCGCAGCGGCUGCAGUGACGACGCAGCAGCAAUCACCCUUGCUUCAUGCGAUGGCCGCCACUCACGCCUACAUUGUGAUGUUUGUACACGUCUGCCGCACUGGCCAGAGUGAGAUUCGUUCCAUUUCAAUGAGCCACUGGGGCUCAGAGCUAGGCCUGGGUGUCCUGCGGGGCCUGUCUCGUCUCUACACCUCGCUCGUCUGGGAGAGCACCGUCCUGCUGGCCCUGUGCAACGACUCUGCCCUGCCUCCCGGCUGCCCCUUUGGCCGGCACCAGUUGCAGAGGCUGCAGGGCACGUUACAGAACAUGCCGGACGCGGCAGCGAGCGCCUCGGGAACUGCCCUGGACGACUCUCCGCCACAGAACGGCAUGGAGGUGGAUGUGGGAAUAGCCGACAGCCCCGGAGGGGCCGCAUCGUCCACCUCGGUUGAUGGUAAGGCCAACAAGGCUCGUUCGCAGGCAGCUGUCAAGCAAAUCAAGCCCUUGCUGACGGGAGCAUCGCGACUGGGACGUGCACUUGCCGAGCUGUUUGGCCUCCUUGUCAAGCUCUGUGUGGGCUCUCCGAUGCGUCAGCGACGUGGUCAGCAGGUGCCGCCGUCCCCUACGGCGCCGUCCCCUUCUGCACGAGCAGUGGCUUCAGCACUGACCCGACUGCUGGCCAACGGUCUGUCCUGGGAGCCACCUCUGACCUCUCCCAUGCCAAAGUUUAGGCUGACCUUCUACAUCUGCUCUGUGGGUUUCACAUCGCCGAUGCUGUUUGAUGAACGCAAAUACCCGUACCACCUGAUGCUGCAGCGGUUCCUCUCAUCUGGAGGACAGGAUGCCUUCUUCGAGACGUUCCGUUGGGCCCUGACAUGUGGCGGCAAGGUGCCCCUGAACGAAGGGCUGGAGAGCCCCGACCUGCCUGAAGGCACGGGCGAGUUCCUCGAUGCCUGGCUCAUGCUGCUCGAGAAGAUGGUGAACCCCCGCAUGGUGCUCGAGUCGCCCCACACGCUGCCCGCACGGUCGGCGACCACUGGUGCGGUGCCGGCCUUCAGUCCAGUCCUCUACCUGAUCCACACGCACAAGCGGGCCUUCGACGCCAUCAUGCAGCUGUGGGACCGCAAGCCCCUGAAGGUGUACGGCGACCGCAUGUCAGAGUCCAUGCUGGCCAUCCUCUGCCACCUGCUGCGUGGGGAAGGCCUCAUCCGGGAUAAGCUUGCCAAGGAAAAGGAAGCAGCAUCAGCAGUUGGUGCUUCAGGAGGCCCAGCCUCCUCUGCUGUGUCUGAAGGUGCGCUGCUACACGGUAGUGUCCGGUCGUCGAGAGGGGCCCUGGGAGCACCCUCACACGAAGACAUUAACCAGGACCACCUACAACAGCUGAUGGACAUGGGCUUCUGCCGAGAGCUGGCCACAGAGGCCCUCGCACACUCUGCCUCCUUGGAGCAGGCGACGGACUACCUGCUCAGCCACCCGGCACCCUUGGCACCGAGCGGGUCUGGACUCCUUCCAGGCGGGGCUGGAUCGCCUCUAGUCCCGUCCGGACGGCCAUUGGCGGAACUGCCUUCUGACUUGGAGAUGUCUGAAGAAGACCAAAUGAUGCGGGCCAUUGCCAUGUCCUUAGGGGAAAACGUCACACCAGGACAGGCUAAAGAAGGUGACAAAGUGAUGCGUGACGAAGAGGAAGAUGACGAGAAGGUCCAGCCGGAAGAGGAGCCGGCGGACCCGGCGGUGAUGGACCGCUUCACGGAAAACAUGCUGCCGGGCUGCCUGCGGUUGCUAGACGCCCUGCCCGAGACAGUGUACCGCGUUUGCGACCUGCUGGGUGCCGUGGUGGCACGCAAUGGAGUUGUCUGGCGGGACCAGAUGCUUGCCAGCCUUCUUCAGGAGGUUCGGACUACAGUGACGUCCUUGCUGGAGAUAGCUGUGUGUGACGACCUGCCCCAGGCAGAGCAGGCUGCCCAACUCGCCACGCUGCCUGUGGCCAACAUGGCGGCUGUGCGCAUCCACCUGUUCACCCUGCUCUUCGAGGAGAUGCGCCUGCCAUGUGCCACCCUGCUCGAGGAGCAGAGCCUGGUGGAUCUCCUGGUGCAACUGGUGGACGCGGCCCAACAAGUGCUGGUGCUGCCGACCCCGCCCAAGGAGCCACCCACCACACCCAAGUGGCUGGUGUCUCUGAUCCUGCUUAUAGACCUGUAUGAGAAGGCGUCGGUGGCAUCCAAGAGGAGAGCACCCCUACUUCAGCUGCCCAAGAGGCAGUGGAAGUGGUUUGACGAUCGGACGGGCCGGUGGAACGCCUACACGGCUCUCAACAACAAAGCCAUCGACGAUGCUUACUGUGCCGUCGAACCCAGCGUCCACUUCACGGCUGGCCGGCGCAAGUACACGGUGCAGUUUUCGACGAUGGUGCAGAUCAACGAGGAGACAGGAAACUGGCGCCCCGUCAUGCUUGCCUGGGAUGGGAAACCAGCCGCGGCGACGAGUGCCGCGACGGGUGCUUCGUCGGCCGCGGCAGUUGACACCGGCGCCGGAACCAGUGCCGGCACUGCAGUUCUUCCCGUUGCACCGGCUGGUGCUGCCCCUCCCGUGGGUGCGUCUGCUUCUGUGCCAACACUGUCGUCUGCUUCGGCUGAUGUGGCCGGUGCAGUCCCUGCUACGGGAGCUGACUCGGGAAAUGCGUCGGCAUCUUCGACAACGCCUGUGACACCGACAACGGUGAAGGGCUUGAGUCCCCACCAGUGCUCGACGUUAAUCAGGGCAUGCGUCGGACUGCUCAGCAUCCCCGUGGAGCCCGACACGCUGCACGGGGUGCUGCGGUUGUCCCUGCGGCUGACGCGGUGCCACGAGGCUGCACAGGCGUUCGCCGCCCUGGGAGGGCCUCGCCUGCUACUGGGACUCACCCAGGCAUCAGCGUUCUCGGGAUUCGCCUCGCUCGCCUCGCUGCUGGUGCGGCACGUGGUUGAGGAGCCGCCAACCCUGGCACAUGCCAUGGACAAGGUUGCACGCACCAUGGCAACAGCAGGGGGCAGUCCCGUGAGCUCCAAGGAGCUUCACUACGUGCUGCGGGUGCUGGGUCCGGCUGCAUGCCGUGAUCCAAAACUUUUCCAGGAGGUGGCCACCAACGUCCUCCGCAUCUCUCUUUUACCGAUGUCCAAGAGACCCGAAGAAGAAGAAAGCCGGUACACAAGCAGCAACGCCGUGCAGAUCCUCAAGUGCGUCGCAGCCAAAGGGCCAACAACCACGGCUUCGGUGGGUGACGUGGUGGCCCAAGUGAUGAGCGACCUGUUGAACGUCCUGCCCACCCCGCUGCCCACUCCACAGCCUCAGGAAGGUCAAGCAGAGGUAUCAACAGACCCCAGUGGGAGCCCGCCGUCUGCCUCCAAUGGAGCAGCAGGAGGAGCAGGAGGCGGCGGAGGUGGCGGAGGUGGCGGCGCAGGCACCGUGCCUGCCGACCUCGUGCGUGAGGGCAGUGGUGCCGACCUGCUGGACGAGGAGCCCGUGCCCAACCUGGACCCGUCCGGCGGAGCGGAGGACAAGGGUGUGGGGCCUGCAGGGUCAAGCCGUCCUUUUGGUCAGGCCCCCAAGGAAGACAAGAGCCUGCCCCUGCUGCCCAAGUCAGCCGUGUGCCGGCUUCUGGCGGAGCUGGUACGCUCGUACGCCCCGUGUGCCCGGAUGGUCGCCGAUCACGUCUACACUGCGGGCCAGACGGAGCUCGUCCCGGAGGAGAUCACUGCCCUGGGCUUCCUGCUGGACAACCUGCUUCCGCAGUGCCAGAAGGCGGGCGACAAGGACAGCCCUGCCUUGGCCAGAGUCCUGGUGGCGGCGCUGGCCUCGGCCAACCACUCUCCCGACACUCAGGCCACUCUUGUUGUCGAGGUGAAGGCAGCGCUGCAGCGAGCACUCGCACUGCCCGAGACAGUGGAGAAGCAUGCCCGCAUCCAAGCGCUGACCGGUCUGGUCGGCACCAUGAUCGAGUCGUGUCCACCUGCCCAGGCUGCCUCUUCCUUCAGGCAGCUCCAUGCCAGCAUGAACAACAUGGUACGGGUGCUGCUGCGCCGAGGCCUGCUGACGGACCUGGCACGCAUUCCGCACAACCUGGACCUCUCUUCACCGCACAUGGCUGCCACAGUCAACUCUGCCCUGAAACCUCUGGAGACACUCUCGCGCAUAGUCAAUCUGCCCUCACAGGCUGCCCCCGGAAGCGGGCACCCCCGCGGCGGGCGAAAGGGGACGGGUUCUUCGCAGAGCGGAGGGGCCGGGGCGGGUGGAGCCGGUGGGCCGGGGAGCGGAGCCGGUGGAUCCUCCCGCACACCCAUGCUGCUGGCCUCUCACGACGAGGGGCGGGAAGACGAAGAGGAAGCACAUGCACGAGUCGGUGACGAGGAGCACCGAGAUGGCGAUGACGGGCCGCCACCUCUAGAGCCUGUUGGGGGUCGAAAUGCCGAGAUGAGUUCAUCUGAGGCCACAAAUGCCUAUGGGGAUGUUACGGUGGACGACAACACCGACAGUGAAUCCCAUGCAGUCCCCGAGGAAGCGGUGGUUGUCUGCAGUGAAAGUGGCACCGUUCUGAAUGAGGCUGAUGGCGUCGACCUGGUUGGCAUUGUGGACGCCCUGCUGGACAGGGACUCCGAAAAUGCGCCCGUCCUUGAGAGUGACCUGACGGGUCGGGGCGAGCUAACACUCAGAGUUGAGGCCCAAGAGGAACAUGACUCACAGAUGAUCUCGCAGCGUGAUAUUGAGGAAGUGCACCAGGAGACGACAGACUCUGAAAGCAACUCGGACUCUGGACGCAGUGAAGAUGAAGUUGAGCAGGACGAGGAAAACGAAGACGAAGGGGAUGAGGAGGCGGAGGACGAGGAUGAAGAUGAAGAGGAGUAUCAGGACCUGGAAGAAGCCCUGUUUCGAAUGCAGGACCGAGAUGACAACCUCUUCUUUCACUUUGAGGAAGUGUUCCCGUCAUCUGGUACGUCCAUCAUGUUUGGCGGCUCCGAGGGCAUCCGCACUUACCAGCUGCCCAUUGUUCCCGAUGAAAGUAACAACGGUGCGGACACGACCAGUCCGUCGAUUCCGCCGCCCCCGGGCACGGUGGCGAGCACGCACCCGUUGCUGGUGCGGCAUGGUGACCCCCAGGCUGGGGGUGGCCCCUCGUCACGGCUGCACCGGCGCACCCGAGGCUUCCGCACCCAGGGCACUGCACACGGCGGCAACAGCAGUGGCACCUGGCACGUGUAUGCCAACCGCCAUCCCAACCCUCCGGCUAUACUCCAGAGGCUAUUGGGUCCCAACACGGCGCAGGACAUCCUUCAGCUGACGUCAACAUUCAACCCUGUCGCAUCAUCAACUGCCCAGACAAGGGUGGUGUUUGCGAACAGCGACUUCCGGAUACUCGCUACCGACGACGACAUUUUUGAGAUACAGGAUCCUGGCACAUUUGUGUCGAGCAGCGGCACGGGAACCUUGGCCAACAUCCCCACAGCCCUGGUGCGGUGGACUGAGGAGUCUCGUGUUCUGGACGGAGACAGCAUGCAUGAUUGCGUUGCAGGGCUCAAGCCGGCCAUUCUGGAAGUUCUGGAGAGGCAUCGCGACGAAGAGCUCGCCGAGCGGCGAGAGAAGAGGUGCAAGCUGCAGGAGUCUCAACCGGCAGCGGCGACGACGUCCUCCGCCGCACCCGUGUCUGCCAGCACUACCUCCGCGACGGCGGCCACCGCUGUUGCAGCUCAUGCUGAAGACAGCAACCACAACCAGGACAACGAGCGCACCAUGAUGUUGUUGGGGCCGUGGCCUUCGACGACGGGCGCCUCGUCGACGACGACGACGGCUACGACCAGCAGCCGGAACAUUCCACCUGCCGACUUGGACGAAGUGAUGGCUGCGGCUUCGUCACUGUCCGGAUAUGCGGCUCCGGUGUCGCAGCCUCAGCCACAGCAGACAGCCGUGACGGUGGCAACAGCGGCAGUGAGUGAGCCCUCGACAGUGUCGGCACGGCUGGCAGCGAGGAUACCGCCCGACCCAGAGCCACUGACGUCCGAGCCAGGGGCAAGUGAGUCAUCUCUGGCUGGCACAGAACGCUUGGCAGCUUCCAUCGUGGAGCGGGUUCUGGGGCCAGCUCUGUCCAUGACUGCGGAACCUGCAGCUUCAAUGCCACCAGGUGCUCCACCCAUGAGCUGGCUGGAGGGUCUGGGAAGCACGGCGCUCUCGGCUGUGGCAAACGCCCUCCAGCAGUCGAGCAGCUGCGCGGGGGGUCUCUUUGCAGCUGCCGGCCAGCCAUGCCCGAUGGACACGUCGGAGCCCACCACGACCACCACCACAACCUCGGGUGCAGCCAUGCCCUCUGACGAGUUCGAAGAUGCUUUUAUAGCAGAUGGCCAGAACCUUAGCACAGACGAAGGGGACAGAGACACCGCAUCACCAGACACGAGAGAGGCCGCCGCCAUUGCCGAGGAUGUUGGCUCUGAGGGAUCUCAACAGCCAACCGAGGAAGUGGAAGCUGGGGUUCCUGUGCCAGCACAGCCACCCCCAGCGCAACGUGCUGCUGACGCAGCUGGGCCUUCUGUAUCCAACGAAUACGCAAGCAUCUUGGGAGACGUGGAGAUUCCCGAAGGUGUGGACCCGUCCUUCCUGGCGGCGCUGCCCGAGAACAUCCGGCAGGAGGUGAUAGCGGAGCAGCUGAGGCUUCAGCGGCUGCGCACGCAUGCCCAGCAGCAACAACAGCAGCAGGCGGCAGCGUCCUCUGCCGACGGCACGGCCACGUUCACGGAGGUCAAUCCAGAGUUCCUGGCUGCCUUGCCUCCUAGCAUCCAGGAAGAAGUGCUGGCACAGCAGCGUGCCGAACAGCAACGGCUAGCCGCCCAGAACUGCAACCCCGACGCGCCCGUAGACCCAGCCUCGUUCAUCCAGACCCUGCCGCCGGGUCUGCGGCAGCAGGUGCUGGCUGACAUGGACGACUCUCUGCUGGCACUGCUACCCGCGGAGCUGGCCUCGGAGGCGCACUCACUGCGGAGGGAGCUUGAGGCCCGUCACCGACAGAUGCAGGAGCGCUUCUUCUCUUCCCACGGGGGUACGGCUCUUUCGCGCAUCCUCCGGUCGGCAGCGGGUCGCAUGGGCACGCGCUACACAAUCCACACGGUGCCGCACCAUCGGGGCCAGUGGACGUGGAACGCGCUGUCUUCUAGGGGUGGCGCGGGCGGCGGCUCCUCUGGCGGCGGUGCUCUGGGCCCGCCAACUUCUCAGCAGGCUCGUGGCCGUCAGCUGCUCGACCACGAGGCCCUGGCCUGCCUGCUGGUGCUUCUGUUCGUGGACGAGCCGCGGCUCAACACGGGUCGAUUGCAUCGGGUCCUCCGCAACCUCUGCUACCACCCACCCACGCGACACUGGGUUGUCAAGUCCCUCCUGUCCAUCUUGGAGAAGACGAAAGAGAACAAGCCCCUCGAGGCUGCCGGUGCCUCGAUGGAAGGCACGACGACUGCUAACGCGGCCAGCCCCGGCUCGCAGCAGCACACAGCGCGGGGCAAGAAGCUGAGCAAGGCCCAAUCGGCUGGCCUGCAGCAACAACAGCCUUCAUGGCUCUCCAUCAGCUUGGACGCCGCGCUGGGCUGCCGCACGAGCGUCUUCCAGAUUGUGCGGCACUGCAGUAGCAGACGCCCCUGCCCGCAGGUCACCAUUCACCCACAGGCGUCGCCGGUCGUCUGCCGGCACGUCCUGGACACACUGAUCUCAUUGGCCAAGAGCUUCCCCGUCCAUUUCCUCCCCGAGAAAGUCCGCGGUGGGCCGGCAGGUGCACUGUCGUCCGGUAAGGCGAGUGCGGGCGGUGCCGGCACCUCGAGCCGCCCAUCGUCACGGUCGGCACCCUCGACGUCGGCUGCGGCGUCGCCUCUGGCUGCCGAGCCGGGCAAGGACGGCGACUUCUGGAGCGUCCUGGUGCGGCUCGACUGCAACGCCGCUGGCGUCAGCGCGGGCAAGCGCACACCCAAGGCUGCACAGCCAGAAGAGGAAGGCAACUCGGGGUCCUUCGAGUCGUCUCCCCUGGCCCAGCUGAUCUCGCUGCUGGCGCACCCCGUCGUGAAGCGGAGCUCCGUGCUGACGGACCGCCUGUUGAGGCUGUUGGCGCUGGUCUCCAUGGCAAUUCCGGACCAGGAGAAAGAGAACAAAGUGCCGCCCGCUGCAGCGGCCGCUGCUUCCGCUUCGGCGGCGGCGGCUUCCGCCUCCAACAACACCGCCACGCUGGACAUCGAUGGAGCGCUGCUGGGCCGGGCGACUGAGGUGCCUUCAUGUUCCCGCCAGGAGCAGCAGCAACAGCCACAACAGCAACCACAGCAGCAGCAACAGCAACCACCUUCACAGCCACAGCCACAUCACCCGCAAACGGUUGCCGAAGCCCUGGCAUCGUCAGUAGCAGCUGUAUCAGCAGCAGCCGCAGCAGCGUCAUCAACAGGGCCACCGGUUGUGCCAACUGCACCUGUUGUACCCAUCGCACCAGCAACCCCAACUCCGGCACCUGCAGCUUCGACACCCUCCGCCGCGGAAAAGGCGGCACCGAGCAAGCCCAUGGAGGUUGUGGCCAUGGAGGACGACUCUCCGCACGUGGAGAGCGUGGUGCUCGAACAGCAUCUCAAGCUCGCUGUCGAGACGCUGACAUCCAAAGCCUGUUCAGAAGAAGGCCUGGAAGAUGCAACGUCCUUAUUGCUACGGUUGUCACGGGGAUGCCCCUCGGCGCGGCAAGUGGUGCUGCGGCUGCUGCUCGAAGGAGCUCAGUCGCUCGGCGCCACCGUCGAGACCUCGAUCGCUGCCCUGCUGGCCGAGCUGAGGACGCUCAACGCUCGCCUCGCUUCCGAGCGCCUCGCCCUAGAGGAGAAUGAGCGGGACGACGCCUACGCCGCGGGACGUGCCGCUGCAGUCUCCUCACCACAGCCCGGAACGUCAGGCAUCCGGACGACGCCAGGCACCAUACAGGACCGGUUCACACACUCGACGGUGGUGAUCACUGCACCCGGUGGCCCCGUGACCGGUCCCGGUGGCCCACCGAGCAGCCGGCUUCCCAAGGGGGGUCGUGAGCUGCAGCUCCCCUCGAUGGGGGCACUCACCUCCAAGAUGUCGUCGCAAGCGUUCUUCCUGCGGGUGCUCAAGGUGGUCAUCCAGCUUAGGGAGGCAGCACAGGGCAGCCUCCAGCAGCAGUUGGCAAGGAGGAGACUGUCGGGGGCGUGCGACAUUCCCACGUCAGCAGAGCCCCUGGCCUUCUCGUGGUCAACAGACUCAUUCAGCACCAGCACACCACUUGCUGAGCGCGCACUGUGCCCGGUGCAGCCUAACGCCAACAACCACAUGGAUGUCGAUGGUGCUGGCGUGUCUGGUGGCCCGGCUGCAGCCAAUGGGCAGAAUGGUUCCGCACAACCGUUGGCCGCAUCCACACCGACACGGCAAGGUUCUGUACCGGCAUCGGAAGCCGGUGCCACGGAUGAGCCGCUGCCCCUGAGUGAGGAGCUGAAGCUGGAUUCCCUUUGGAGCACCCUCAGUGAUUGCCUACUAGAAUUGGCCGACACACAGGACCAGCAUGCCGUGCUGGUUCUUCAGCCAGCUGUGGAGGCCUUCUUCCUGGUGCACGCCAGCGCCCCCUCGGCUGCUGCGGCCGCGGGCGGCAGUGCCGUUGCGGGUAGCUCACGGGACGUGGCUCCCCGGCGGCGCGAGUAUCGUUCGGAAAGCCGCGAGACGCAGCUCGCACACAUCCACCAGGAGAUGGCUCCCCUGUCGCCCCUGGCCCAACAGCAGGACGGCCAACCGCCUGCCACGCCCGGCGCAGAGCGCCCCGCCGAUGCCCACCUCCACCCAGACGUCCAGAAGUUCCUGGGUUUCGCCGAGACACACAGGACGGUGCUGAACCAGAUCCUGCGCCAGUCAAGCACUCCCCUAGCCGAUGGCCCAUUUGCAGUGCUUGUCGACCACACGCGCGUGCUCGACUUCGACGUCAAGCGGCGGUACUUCCGGCACGAGCUCGAACGGCUCGACGAGGGCUCACGGCGCGAAGACCUGGCGGUUCACGUCAGGCGGGAGCACGUCUUCGAGGACUCGUUCCGCGAGCUGCACCGCCGUCCCCCGGAGGAGUGGAAGAACCGCUUCUACAUUGUCUUCGAGGGCGAGGAGGGUCAGGACGCGGGUGGCCUGCUCCGCGAGUGGUACACUAUCAUUUCCCGCGAGAUCUUCAACCCCAUGUACGCCCUGUUCACAACGUCGCCGGGCGACCGGGUGACUUACAUGAUCAACCCGGCAUCGCACUGCAACUCGAACCACCUGAGCUACUUCAAGUUUGUGGGGCGCGUGAUCGCCAAGGCGGUGUACGACAACAAGCUGCUCGAGUGCUACUUCACACGCUCCUUCUACAAACACAUUCUGGGCAAGCCAGUCAAGUACACGGACAUGGAGAGUGAGGACUACUCCUUCUACCAGGGCCUGGUGUUUCUUCUGGAGCACGGCGUGCGGGCGCUGGGCUACGAGCUGACCUUCAGCGUCGAAGUCCAGGAGUUUGGCGUGACAGAGGUGCGCGACCUCAAGCCCGGCGGCCGGCACCUGCCUGUCACGGAGGAGACAACCCAGGAGUACGUGCGCCUCGUGUGCCAAGAGAAGAUGACGGGCGCCAUCCGGCGGCAGCUCAAUGCUUUCCUCGAGGGCUUUUACGAGAUCAUCCCCAAGCGUCUCAUCGGCAUCUUCAACGAGCAGGAGCUCGAGCUGCUCAUCUCGGGACUGCCCAGCAUCGACGUGGAUGACCUGCGGGCCCACACAGAGUACCACAAGUACCAGGCCACUUCCCUGCAGAUUCAGUGGUUCUGGCGAGCCUUGCGCUCCAUGGACCAAGCGGACCGAGCCAAGUUCCUCCAGUUUGUGACAGGCACGUCCAAGGUGCCGCUGCAGGGCUUUGCGGCCCUGGAGGGGAUGAACGGCGUCCAACGCUUCCAGAUCCACCGGGACGACCGGUCCACCGACAGACUGCCGUCGGCCCACACUUGCUUCAACCAGCUGGACCUACCGGCCUACGAGACUUACGACAAGCUGCGUACCAUGCUGCUCAAGGCCAUCCAGGAGUGCACCGAAGGCUUCGGCUUUGCCUGAGGAGAUGAGAGGACGAUGAAGACGGGAGGCCUCCGCGCUGCUGUUCCUGCUUCUACCAGCACCCCCUCCUCCUCCUCCUUUAUUUGUGAUGUGUACAGACAGGAAUGCAACAGAGCCACAAACGCUACCUAUCAACCACUCUUGAUUUCCUCUCGUGAAAAAAAGAAAAGAAAAGAAACAAGACGACUACCGCCAUGCCUGUACCCCUGCUACCGUUCGCUACCGCCGGAGUACCAACUACCACGUACUACCAGCCUUGUCAAGCUUUUUUUUUUUGCGUUUAGGAUUUAACUUCCAUUUCACCCCUCUUUUUCUGUCUCUCUUGUACAGUAUUAGGGUUCCCCUCUAUUGCUCUGUAGAGCAGCAAGUGUAUGAACUGUGCCAGUUGCUUUUUUUCUUUCUCCUAUUUUUCUUUUUUCAGCCCCUUUCCAUCUGCCCAACCUGUCCCGAACCUUUCGACAGUGUCUUCAUUUUUGUCCACUGACGGCUAAAGUUGGCUGCAUGUCUAUAGGAGAUUGUAUGUAAUGGCUGGGGUUUUUUAUAUACAUACUUAUAAAUACUACGAGCAUUCUACGGCCAGAAAUGUACGUGUGUUUAUUUCAGACUUGUAUGUUUGUUUUCUUUCUCCCCCUCCGCGGUGCUGUGGGCGGAGGCAGUGUUCUUUUUUUUUAUGUGGUGUCGUUGAGGG